AUGCCAGACACUCCUCUCAUCAUUCGUAAAACCUCUUCAAUGAUAGAUCAGAUGCACAAUGAAUACUUCCGUGCACAUAUGUCGGAAGAGGAGAAGAUUGCUGCUGAAGAGAGCUUCAACGCAUAUUUCUAUCCUACUCAACUCUACACGAGACUUCAAGAUCGUGCUGAAAAGAAUCCUUUGUUUCUUCAGCGAAGUUUGAAUUAUCAGAUUGAAGCCAAACAUCAAAGGAGAAUACAAAUGAGUUUGUUACUUUCCGGCAGUAUAGAUGCUGCUGGUAUACAAACUCAAAAACUGUUUCCUCUUAUUAUUAUGCUGGCAAAACUUGUUUCUUCUAAGCCUACUGCAGAGGAUUCUGCAGUAUAUAAGUUCAGUCGUACAUGUAGCAUAACUGGAGUUGAUGGACAAGCCAACUUUCUUCUCCCUGAUAUGGGCAGACUCGCUUUGAAGUCAAGAUCCCUUGUUAUCUUAUUUAUCAGCUUUGCUGGUGCGCGAAAUUCUCAAUUUGUCAUUGAUUCAAGCAAGAUUCAUUCAGGUUCUAUUUACUUUGUUCUGGCAGGAGGACAAUGCCUAUGGAGCAAAAUACACCUGGAAUCUCUCUAUUCGUCGUGGCAGAAAUAUCCAAAUAUGGACUUGGGAGAGAAAGCCACUUCAGUCUCUCUUGUUGAAAUGCAGCCUUGCUUUUUACAGCCAAUGUCUAUGAGUCAGAAGUGUGUCGUGAUUCAGGUUCCCAGCAAUCCUCUCACCUCGAGCUCACCGCAGCAAGUCCAAGUCACCAUAUCUGCACAAGAGGUUGGAGCAACGGAAAAUCUUCCUUAUAGUUCUUCAUUUUCAUUGAAGGACAUCCCUUCCUCUUCAGUAGUGUUGUCCAUUAAGCGGUUGAGAAAAGGACAAGUAGCUUUCAGUUACAAAUACUAUAACAACAAAUUACAGAAAUCUCAAGUAACUGGAGACUUUACUUGUCCAUUCUGCCUCGCAAAAUGUGUCAGUUUUAAGGGCCUGGAAUGUCACAUGCCAUCAACCCAUGAUCUCUUCAAUUACGAAUUUUGGGUAAAUGAAACAUAUCCGGUUGUAAAUGUGUCUCUCAAGAGUGAGACAAUGAUCAACGAGUUUUCCAAUGUUCAUAAAAAAGAAGUUCAAAUUAAUGAGGGCGACCGUAAUGCAAGGCUGGAACCAUACCCUUCCUCUUCAAAGAAAUCCGGACGUAGGAAGCAGAAGACUCCAUUAAGGAACUCAAUGCCGGGGCCUCUUAAGAUCACUGACGAUGCUGACUCUGUUAAAAGUGAGAAGAGCCAAAUACCACCUGGGGGUGCUGAGUCGUCUACUCAAUUAGUUCCUCCUAGAAGUCCUGCAGAAUUGCAAAUGAUGCAAAUGUGGAAAUCUUAUGUGAAGGAGCGCCGAAUAGUCGAAAAUGGUCGCAUCUCAUUGGGAUGUGAGGCGUUCUCGAAACUACACGGACCCCUCAUGGCCCGAAAUCCGGACUUGCGCUGGUGCUGGACAAAGUAUAUCUGGACACUGAAGAUUUACGGCCAUAUUGACGACCGAACCGUGAAGAACUGUACUUUGUUUAUCGAACAUGUUGCUAAGUGA